CGGAUGCGGCUGUUUGUUGAACGAUCUGAAAGGAUUCUACCUUUCCCCGAUACUCUUGCCUAUCUUUUUCGUUUACCAUCCAUUUUCUAGACCUUGUUUGUAUCAAGUCUCUUCCCUAAAGUCCCGAAAAUCACUGACACGAACCUACCUAGCGCUAAAUCUGUCAAAAGAAGCAAAACCAUAAUGAAUGGAGAAUGAAUUGUGUAUGCUUUCGAGAGUUUAUUAUGUUGUGAAGCGCGAUGUUUUUUGAAGGCGAAGGAAAACGGGUAAAAGUCGACGAUCGAGGAAAAUGGUGUUUUUGGUAAAUAUUUUUUGGGCGUAUUUUUCCCUACAGGCGUGCUUCUUUAACAGACGUAUUGCCAACCAUCAUACAGUGGUAUAUUCCCUGUAGCAUGUACAGCAUGAAACAUUCAGUUGCUUUGGUAGCUGGCUUGGCAACAGGAAUACCAGUUGUUCUCCUUGUGUUUAUAUACGUAACCUAUUGUUGCUGCAAACGAAAACAAAAAGGCGAACAUCUAGAAGAACCACGACUUUGGAGGAGAGACGUACGUUCACGUUCUCACGAUCUUUUCAUCCCAGCAUACGUACCUCGAUUCGUAAAGAGAUUUGUUCAAAACUCCUCAAAAAAUAGUAGCGAGACAACAUCCACACAAACUUCACCGGUAGAUGAUAAAACAUUCUUUAGUGAGGGUUCUGAGCCAUAUAGGACAGCACCUGAUGACAUCAAUGGAACGGUUGAUAGAGACUGGCCAGGAGGGUUAGGUAGCCUUCAAGUACCAACAGCUCGUAGGUCGUCCUUGCUACAGCCUAGCACUUCUAGCGGAGAGAGCUCCGAGAGCACUUACGAACACACACCUAAUAAAGGAAUUAGUCCAAAGUCGCCUCGAACUUCGGCUUGUGACAGCAAGUCCUUUGAAUUCGUCCGUCCAAUACCCGUGAAACCUCUCAUUACUAUUACACGCGCCGAAUCGCUGUCAAAAGAUGACUUGAACGCUCGAUUAGAAAGCACCUCAUACUCUGCCGACGUUGAACAUGUAACGCAAAGCCAUUCGGAUUCUCAAUUAGGAUCUUCAAGGAAGUCCAGAGACAUGUCUUCCAAGAGUUUAGAAAGUAUUUCUCAAGCCGCAAAUGAAAGGCGUGGUAGCACAGAUCGGGGACUUGCUAGUCGAUCACGAAGUAGCUCACAUUCCAUUCAACAUGAAAACAGUAAAUCCGAACCAUACAAUAAAAUACCUGUUAACAUUUCAUCACAAGUGAUUCGAUCACGAAGAGGUUCCAAGGGUAAGGGAAGUCAGCCGGGAAAAUCAUAUCUUGGAAAAAUCAACCUCUCGUUGCAAUACAAGCAAACCACCUGCGAUUUAUUUGUCAAGAUAAUUCAAGCUCGUGAUCUCCCAGCUAAAGACCUUCGCCGCAAUACCUCUUCCCCUUACGUGCGAGUAUAUGCUCUGCCCUCAAGACGACACAACCACAGAACUAAUGUCAUUCAAAACAACCUGAAUCCAACGUUUAACGAGCUGUUUAUUAUAAGCGGGUUAACGUUGAUGGAAGUUCAGCAACUUACUUUACAAAUACUUGCAAUUCACAACGAAGUUAUUUCUAGAAACGUUGUCAUCGGUGAAGUGAUGGUUCCUCUGUACAACCUCGAUUUGUCAUGCGAUGAAACACAAAUAUGGCGGGAUAUCAAACCAUAUCACUUUCAAAAUGUGCUAGGUGAGCUCCACAUCUCAGUUUGUCACCAGCCACUAUCGAGUCGCUUGUCUGUAACCGUACUGCAAGCUCGCAAUUUACCAAAAAUCAGUAGCUUAAAUAUCGGAGAUCCUUAUGUAAAAAUAGAACUAUUCUCUUCCCGCUCUAGAGUCGCAAAAAAGAAAACGCGUGUCAAAAAGAAAACAGUGAAUCCAAAGUUUGCUCAGACUUUUACGUUUGAUCUUGCGGCGGAUGCUAUUCUUGAUAUGAUGACAAUGACGUUCACUAUUAUGAUACAGGACUCUAGUGGGUGUCAUGAGAGAAUUGGACAGGUAGUUCUAAGUGCAUCUUCAGAUGGACCAGAGUUUGGACACUGGUCUCAAGUCAUUGCAAAUCCCCAUUGUCCUAUAGAACAAUGGCACAUGAUACACGAAUAAAACUGAAAUAGUGAAGCGCGUUAAUACCGGCACAACGAUACUACUGAUUCCAAUUCUCAGAAUCACUUUGGUGAUUUAGAAAACAUUCAGCAAAUAUCACCAAUUCGUCUGGUGUCAGUUAUGGUGUGUUAAAUCCAUACAAACGCAUUGAUUGAGAUGGAAUUAUCUUUAAAGGAGAAAAGAGAUAUUUAUUCGGCAAUAUUAGAAAAUAAGACUGAAAAGAAAAACGGAAUGAACAGAAUUGAACUUAUCAAAAAAUAGUUUUGAGAGCAAAAUGGUGAAUUAUCUUAUUUUUCAGAUAUUAUUUUUGAKUACUAUUAUUACUUUUAUUUUUGGUGGUACUUUUACUAUUGGGGGUAAGAAAAUCGUUAAACUACGGUUGGGGCUAGAUCGAUGAUAUACUUGACUUUUUAAAGAAAGAAAUCAAAGAUAAAUACAUAUCUAGAUCUUCCUCCAUUAAUAGCAACAAAUUGUGAUUGAAAAAUCAUACGAAAAGGAAAUAACAGAAAAGAUAUGUCGAGAAAAACGUCAAGUAAGCAAUAAAGUUGUUCUACUUGAA